GCCAUUACCCAUCCUCUUUCAAAACGAAACCAUUAACCCCCCCCUCCAUUUGCUGCAGUGCUCAGAUUUUCCUGUUUCUCUCUCUCAUCAUGAUCAGGCUCAUAACAAAAUCCAAAUCUUUCAGGAAACCAAGCUCCUCAUCCUCAUUUCUAUCUUCAAUCUCUCCCAGUCCAUCUAACCCAUUUUCCUCUUCGCCAAAAACAACCCAUAUACCAAAUGGGGGCUAUCUCUACGUUCAGCUUCUGGGUCGAAAUUUUGCUUCUUUACGAUCCCAGAUUGGUUCCCGGCCGGAAGUCUCAUCUGGGUAUUGCCAAAAUUGGGUAAAUGUUCGGGCAAAUGGGACUUUGGGGUCUCAGACCAGGAGUUUGUGCAGUGAACCGGACAGAGAGUCUAUUCAAUAUGAUGUUGUCAUUGUUGGGGCUGGACCUGCCGGUCUAUCGGCAGCGAUAAGGAUGAAGCAGCUGUGCCGCGAGAAGGAUGUUGAUUUGUCAGUGUGCGUUGUGGAGAAAGGAGCUGAAGUUGGUGCUCACAUUAUUUCUGGUAAUGUUUUUGAGCCCCGGGCACUGAAUGAACUUCUCCCACAAUGGAAAGAUGAAGAGUCACCAAUCACUGUACCUGUUACUUCUGACAAGUUUUGGCUUCUUACAAAGGAUCGUGCACUUUCACUGCCAUCUCCUUUUGAUAAUAGGGGAAACUAUGUUAUAAGUUUAAGUGAGUUGGUACGAUGGAUGGGAGUGAAGGCAGAAGAGUUGGGAGUAGAAAUAUAUCCUGGCUUUGCUGCUAGUGAGAUAUUAUAUGAUACAAACGACACGGUUGUUGGCAUUGGAACUAAUGAUAUGGGAAUUGCCAAAGAUGGUUCAAAGAAGGAAAAUUUCCAGCGUGGCAUAGAAUUGAAAGGGCGAGUAACACUUCUAGCUGAAGGGUGUCGAGGAUCAUUAUCAGAGCAAAUAAUGAAAAAGUACAACUUGAGAGAGAAGGGGCAUUCACAGCAUCAGACCUAUGCCUUGGGAAUUAAAGAGGUUUGGGAAAUUGAUGAAGGAAAGCAUGAGCCCGGUGCUGUGUUGCACACUCUGGGUUGGCCCCUGGAUCCAAAGACAUACGGCGGUUCAUUAUACCACAUGAAAGAUAGACAGAUUUCUAUUGGCUUUGUGGUUGCUUUGAAUUAUCAUAACCCUUUCUUGAACCCUUACGAAGAAUUCCAGAAAUUCAAACAUCAUCCUGCAAUCAAAACACUGCUGGAAGGUGGGACUGUUCUUCAAUAUGGGGCUCGCACCUUGAAUGAGGGUGGUUUUCAGUCUAUCCCGUAUCCAGUUUUCCCUGGAGGAGCACUUAUUGGAUGUUCAGCUGGCUUUUUAAAUGUACCUAAAAUAAAAGGAACUCAUACUGCAAUGAAAUCAGGCAUGCUAGCUGCAGAAGCUACAUUCAGUCUACUUCAUGAAGGCUCACGCAUGGAAAAAUAUUGGGAUGCUUUAAGGAAUUCUUGGAUAUGGGAAGAACUGUACCGAGCUCGGAACUUCCGACCAGCAUUCGAAUAUGGACUUAUUCCUGGCCUGGCCUUAAGUGCUUUAGAACAUUACAUAAUGAAAGGAAGAUCUCCCUGGACGCUGAAGCAUGGAAAACCAGACCAUGAAGCAACAAAUGUUGCACAGUUCCACUCUCCAAUUCAAUAUCCAAAGCCAGAUGGGGUUUUAUCUUUCGAUAUUCCAACCUCCUUACACAGGAGCAACACAAAUCAUGAACAUGACCAACCACCUCACCUUCGGUUGAGAGACCCCAACAUUCCUGAACUUGUAAAUUUGCCAGAGUAUGCUGGCCCCGAGUCACGAUACUGUCCUGCACGUGUAUACGAGUAUGUCCCUGAUGAAGAGGGUCAGCCGAAGUUGCAGAUCAAUGCUCAGAAUUGCCUACAUUGCAAGGCAUGCGAUAUCAAAGACCCGAAGCAAAACAUCAACUGGACUCCACCGGAAGGAGGUGGCGGUCCAGGCUACUCCAUAAUGUAGAGAGUAAACAAGUUGUUUUGCUAUUGUCAUUGCUAAAUGUUACAGUUUGUGUAUACAAUAAUUCUACUGUGUUUUCGCCAACGUGAAUAAAAUGUUGAAUCAAAAUCGAACGCA